AUGGACUCGGACGCCGCCGAACUGCUUGGUGGGGACCUUCGCUCCCUCCUCGCGCCCGAAGAGGUCGUCGACCGCCUCGUGAGCACUGUCAGGGAUGCGGAUGUUGCCCAGGCGUUGUUCUGGCUGAGGCAGCUGGAGAAGAGCGGGAAGGGCGACUUGAUCAACCAGGGUCACACUGAGACGGGCAUGUCGGCCAUCGUCACUGCCGGCUCGAAGGAGCAAUCUCGCGCUGCCGCCAUUCUGGUCCGCGUCCUUGCAGCCAAAGGUGCCAAGCUGCCAGACGUCACGCAAUCCUCGGAGUGGAUCGAGCAGGUCGAGUCGUGGGCGAUCGAAAUGCUGGAAGGCGGGCUGGAGAAGGAGAACGAGGGAGCCGAACGCGACGCCCGCAUGCUCCUCGAGAUGAGCUACGACGACGCCGAGCAAUGGUGCAGGGAGAACCUCCCGCCGCCCGAGCGCCGGGACGACGAAGGAGCUGACCAGCUCGACGACGGCUACAUCUCGGAUGAAGCUUUGCGUGCCAUGUCUGCUCCUCCCGCCGACCAGAAGCCAGACGGGCAGCCGAGCGCUCGCUCGUCCACUGUCGACAUCGUCCAAGGUCAGCGCGCCAGCAGCCCGCCCGAGCUUCGCCCGCCUGUCCGCGCGGCCGGCAGGCCAGUCAAAGCCGAGCCUGCCGAGCCUGUCGAGCCUGCCGAGCCUGCCGACAUUAUCGACCUCACCGCCUCGCGCUCGCCGUCUCCCGAUCCCAAAGAGGAGGAAGUCGAAGCCUCGCUUGCGGACGGCGCUCCCACCUCCCCUGGCACCUCGCCGCACCAGAAGAAGCGCUCCCGCUCCCGCUCUCCCGACGCUAACGCCCGCCGCACCCGCGAGCGCGAGCCACAGCCCGAAGCUCGCGCCCACCUGCGCGUCGACAACCUGCCCGCCGACUUUACCGACAACGACCUCGUCCGCCUCUUCGAGGGCGUUCCCGGCGUCAUCGAUGCCGAGACGCACCGCAACGCCGAGACGGGUGUCCUCUGGGGCUUUGUCAGCCUCGUCUCGAUUGCGACGGCGCAGCACGCCCAUGCGAUGAAGGACGGCACCUAUGCCCGCCCGAACGAGACUCGUGCGCUCCAGCUCAAGAUCUACUCGGCAGACGGCCAACCGAUGGACCCGCACCGCCCUGUCGAGCCCGUCACGAACAACGUCAACGGAUGGUCGCAGAACUACCAGAAUCGUCACCCGCAGGAUCAACAGCAGUUCCCCCAAGGCGGCGGUGGUUUCAACGGGCCGCCGCAGGGUGGCUUCUACCGAGCUCCGCGCCCGAGGGUGCCGAUCAUCUUCACGGCUGCCGAGCUCGCGGCCAGGGUGUACUGCGGAAGUUUGCGGUACGGCGUCACGUACGAAGAGGUGGGCAGCUUGUUCUCCGGAAGGGCGGGCGUCCAGGCGCAUGUGCUCAAGGUCAUGCACUCGCAAGACAAGAGUCACUCCUUCGCCUUCGUCAAGUUGCCCGACGCCAUCACCGCCCAGCACGCCAUCCGCAACCUGCACGGCACCAUGCACGACGGCCACCUCCUCCAGAUUGAGCCCGUCAACGAGCUCGGCCACAGGUGGCGCUUCUCUCUCACGCUGCACGGCUUGCCUCUGAGGUGGCAGUACCGCAAUGUCUCCGACUUCCUCAUCCAGCACAUCGGCUCCUUCGCCGGCCUACGCGUCAACCCUCCAUCGAUGUACACAAUGUCGUCGCGCGCCGAGCUCCGCGUCCAGGUCGAGCUGCGGUACGAGACCGAGCUCCGCUGGGCUUUCGGCGAGCUCAACGGACGCGUCGUCGACGGUCGCCAGAUCACCUGCGAGGUGGACCAGCCGUGGGUGCGCAAGAAGAUGGAGACGGAGAUCGCCUUCCAGAACCUCCAGCAGAGCAUGCUGGCCGGGAGCUCUGCCUCUGUCAACGGCGAGUACGACCCGCACAACCCGGGCAGCAGCCGCUCGGGCGCGGCCCAGCGGUCGCAAACGUACGAUCAGGCGUUCCCGGCGCUCGAUGGCGGCGCGACUCCCGGCGGCGGAAGGCGACCUCCGCCUCCUCCGCCUCCGCCUCAGCAAGUGCCGGUGGAAGCCGACGACGACGUCAACCCGUUCGCCUUCACUCGUCUGAGUGCGGCGUGA